AUGCCACUCGUCCUGAUAUCUGGCUUUCCGUCAAGUGGCAAGACGUACCGUAGCCAGCAGCUCUGUGAAUCCUUCCAACGGAAAAUUCAAGAAUCCCAUCAGCCAAAGGUUAAGCGGCUCACAGUCCUUCACAUUGAUGAUCAAGGUCUAGGUUUAUCGCGAGAUGUCUACGCUUCAGCUCGGCUGGAAAAGGAUGCUCGGGCAACGUUCUCCUCCGCUCUCAAGCGCUCGCUCAGCAGAGACGUGAUCGUCGUCGCUGAUGGCAUGAACUACAUCAAAGGCUUCCGAUACCAGCUCUACUGCGAGGCCAAAGCGGUGCAGACUCCUCACUGUGUCAUCCACAUUGGUACACCGGUCAGCAAGUGCCGCGAACUCAAUGAGGCAGCGUUAAAGGCUGGUAAUGGAGGCUACGAGCUUGAGAUCUUUGAAAACUUAGUGUUCCGUUACGAAGAGCCAAACGGUAUGAACAGAUGGGAUGCGCCUUUGUUCACCAUCGCAGCCGAUGAUGUCGAGCCGCCUUGCGAUGCUAUCUGGGAAGCUAUCGUGGGCUCUGAUGGCAAGGCGAAGGUUGUACGCCCCAAUGCCGCCACGGUAGUGAAGCCGGCAUCAGAGCAAGACUACUUGUAUGAUCUCGACAAGACCACUUCCGACGUUGUUGCUGCGAUAUCAACGUGGCUUUCAGACCAUUCUGGUGAGGGUGGCAGUCAAGUUCUAAUACCUGGCUCAGAGCAAGAGAUUACGCUGCCCCUUUCUGCGCCGUCUGUGCCUCAGUUGCAGAGGCUCCGGAGACAGUUCAUCGGUUUGAAUCGCCAGCACUCACUCACCAAGAGCAGGAUACGCGGCCUCUUCAUUGACUACCUGAAUGACGUAUUCCAGCGAUGA